AUCGUACCUUAAGUUACCUAUUCUUUUAUACCCUAGUAGGUACCUAUACCUCUCUGCACCCCUAGCCGCUCCAGUAGGCCAGGGUAUAUUGAGCGCUAAUUCUGGCGCUCCCGCUCUGAUUAACGAACAAGGGAGGCAACAAGUGCCUAGCAUAGCAAGACAGCAUAGGUACCUACCAUACAGUAAGUAUUUUUCACUACAAUAGAAAUAUUUAGGUACUUACCUAGGUACAUACGUGUUAUCUAUGUACAUAGGUGAAAGGUAUUGUGGUUGCACUGCAGCAGGUACCGACGGUUACUGAAUUGGGUGUGACCAUCUUCGGGAUGCCUUCAAAUGCCUACCCCUCUAAUAGGUACGUACCUACGUACAUAGCCCAUACGUGUUGCAACCUUCUCUGCUCAUCAUCUCGGCAUCAAAAACACCCCUCGAAGGAUCAAAGCAGGCAGCCAGGCCGAGAGCCACCGUACCACACACGCACACAAUCCCUCAUCAUGGCCGAGAAUACGGGCACCUCCUAUUCGACCGAUCCUGCCUUGUACAUCUACACGUCCCUAACCGCGGGGUCCUCUCACACAGUGACGGCCACGUCACGUCUCGAGACCAUCCUGCGCGCCAAUCGCGUGCCAUUCAAAGCCAUAGAUAUUGCUACUGAUGAAAAGGCUCGCAUGCUAUGGGGGCGACGAGCCGGAAAGGAUGAGGGUGGCCGUCAGCGCAAGCUGCCUGCACUCAUACAAAUGGGAAUGGUCCUAGGUGACCUAGUCGAGAUCGAAGAAUGGAACGAGUACGGCGAGUUAAAAGAACAUGUCACUAUCUACUAUGACGACUUCACGAUACCACCCAAAAGCCAGGCGGCUCCGCCUGUGGCCAUGAGGCCUCUUAAUCAACCAUUCCCCAAGUCGGGCGUGGCCCCUUCACCAGCGGCCACAACUGCUACGACGGGCCAGCCAGCGCCUGCACCCCCUGCGCCGCCGCUGCCCACCGACAAAGACAAGACCAAGAUUCCCCUUUCGUCUCCCACGUCGACAAGCACUGGUAAAAAGGCCGCUAAUGCUGCCACGAGUACCAAAGCACCCAUCAGCAACCUCGCAGAAGAGGCAGCCAAGAAGGCCAAACAGGUCCAGUUAGAUCGACUACGGGAGAAAGUGCAUGGAAAGAAAGACGUUGCGCCAUCGGCCAAAACCUCAAAUAAAGAUAAAGAGAACGAGAAACCUUUAGUCGCGAGUUCAAGCCCCGCUGUGGCAACGCCGAAGAAGACGGCAUCCACUACAGAUUCAGUUAACGCUAGCAUGAACAAACUCUCCAUCGGAAACGAAGGUUCAUCAUCAGGGGCAGGACUACAGUCUCCUACAACGGGAAAGUGGCGCUCAGCUGCCACGUCUGACGCUGCCUCACAACCACUUUUACAAAGUCCCACGACGGGGACAUGGAAAGGUGGCAGCCUAGACAGCGUGGUGACAGAAAACCGCGGGUCUGUGGUUGCGAGCGCGCCUCCUGAGAAUAUUGCUGCUGUCAAAAAGGCAGCGGCGAUCCCCGAGGCAGCGAGUAGCGAAGAUGAAGAUAGCGAUGAGGAAGACACCGAAGAGGAAGACAGCGAAGAAGACGAGGAGGAAGACGAGGAUGAAGAGGAUGAAGAAGAUGACGAUGAUGAUGAUGACGACGACGACGAGGAUGAGGACGAGGAUGAUGAUGAUGAAGAGGAAGAAAGCGAAGAUGAAGCUGAGAAAGUAAAAGUAAAAAAAUGAAUAUGCGGGCUUGCCUAAUAUAACUAGUUGCAUAAUUCUUGCCCUGUACAUUAUGCUCUAGAAAUCAUCGGCGUUGUGGUGCGCCUUUAAAAAAAAGAGUAAUGAAUGUAGACGGACAUGUUGAGGGCAUGGCAAAGCUGUUCUACAAUCCAGGUGAAGAUACCACCACAGAUUGUCAGAGAGAGAGAGAGGACUUAUGGCUUCCAUGGAAGGAUUAAGGGAAAGACCCACUUAAUACAAGAUCAAGUUCCAAAUCA